AUGGAAAGUAGUGAUACAAUUCAUACUUCAUGUGAUGGUAAAGACUUUAAUACAAAAGAUUCUUCGAGUGAUGAGGUUUCAAUUAUAUCAGAAAAUGAGUCUUUUUCAAGUGAUAACUCACAACUAAAAGAUGAAAUGAUUAAUGACAAACAAGAAAAAGAUGAAAAAGAAGGAAACGUAUGUAAUGAAAAGGAAUCUAUUCAUGAAAAUAUAAAACAAGAAGAAAAUAAUAAGGAAAAAAUAAACACAAAAACUCCAACACAAACACCAAGUAAAAGUUGUUCAUUUGGACAAAAAGGACAAACUUCUCUAAUUUCAAUUAAGGAAUUAUCUAAUUCUAAAUCACCCCAACCAAAACAAGAAAAAAAAUUAAAUAUUGAAGUAGUUGAUUGUAAAUCACCAACUAGUCCUAUUAUUUCUCCAAGACAAAAAUUUACACCAAGAGCAUCAAUGAUUCAAUUAGUUAAAGGAUGUCCAGAAGAACAAAUUAAAAUAGGGUAUAAUGUUAGUUUAAUGAAUAGGAAUGAUGUUAUUAAUUUUAAAGGACCAAUGAAUGGACAAUUAACAUUAACUAAUUACAAGAUAGUAUUUGUAGUUAAAUGUGUAAUAUUUAAUGUUAGUAUUCCAUUAACAAAGAUUGCAGAUUUUAAGAAAGUUAAUUCUAUGGAUAAACAACAUAAAAGAUUAUUUUAUCUAGAAACAAAAGAUAAUAGAAAAUAUGUUUUUUCAUUUGAAAAUAGAAGAAAUGAAAGAAAACAAUUUAAUUUGGAAUUAUUAGAAUCAGUAUUUACAACAAAUCCAGAAAAAAUGUUUAUUUAUCAUAGUAAUUCACCAUCUAUUUCACAUAGUUAUUAUCAAAUAGUUGUUGAGUUUGAAAGACAAGGAAUACCAAAUACAUGGAGAAUAUUUACUGGAAAUCAAAAUUAUGAAUUAGCACCAACAUAUCCAUCAUUAACAUAUGUUCCUGUAAGUGCUAGUGAUGAAAUUAUCAAAGAUUCAAUGAAACAUAGGAGUAAAGGAAGAUUUCCUGUAUUAACAUGGUAUAAUAAAAAGAAUGGAACUGUUAUUGUUAGAAGUGCACAACCAUUACCUGGAAUGGUUACACCAGUAACAGGUAAAAAUAUAAGUGGUGAUGUUACAUAUCUUCAAUUAAUAAAUGAAGUAACAGGAAAAAGAGGAAUUCAUGUUUUAGAUUCAAGACCAAAAUUAAAUGCAUAUACAAAUAAAGCAGCAGGUGGAGGAUAUGAAGAUGAAACAACAUAUCCAUUUGUUAAAGUAGAAUUUGAAAAUAUUGAUAAUAUUCAUAUUGUUAGAGAGAUAUGGACAAAUAUUGCAUUAGCUGCAUAUAGUUGGGAAGGAGAAAUUGAAGAACAAAAAUUUAAGAAAUUACCAGAAGUAAAAGAAUGGUUUAAUCUUAUUGAAACAAUUUUUAUAAGUGUUAAAAAAGCAAUUAAAUAUCUUACUAAAGGAGAAAGUAUUUUAAUUCAUUGUUCUGAUGGAUGGGAUAGAACAAGUCAAUGUUGUUCAUUAACAGAAUUAUUACUUGAUAAAUAUUAUAGAACAUUAGAAGGAUUUAUUGUAUUAAUUGAAAAAGAUUGGAAAUCAUUUGGACAUCAAUUUGAAAAAAGAAGUGGAAUAGGAGUUGUUUGUCCUCAUGGACAAUAUUCACCUAUUUUCUUCCAAUUUUUAGAUUGUGUUAAUAUUUUAUUACAUCAAUUUCCAGAUGAUUUUGAAUUUAAUGAACAAUUCCUUUUAGAAUUAAAUGAUGCUAUAUUUUGUUCUGAUUUUGGAACUUUUAUGUUUGAUUGUGAAAAGAUAAGAAAAGAAAGUAAUGUAGAACUUAAAACACCAUCAUUUUGGGAAUAUGUUAUUGGACAGAAAUGUAAAUUUAUUAAUCCAAAUUAUAAAGAUAAAAUAGAAGAAUUAAUACUUGAAGAUAAUCAACCAAAAUUAAUUCUUUGGACAAAAUAUUUCACAAGAUAUAAAAUUAAAAUGUCAAGAUAA